GCUACGAUUAUUCCUCCUUUUGAAAUGACGCUCGCCAAAGUUCAAAGGUGAGCUUGCACUGACCGAGCCCAUCGACGGUGGGGCUUUUCCUUGGGCGGUGGGAUAUUGGGUGCUGGUUGGUAAUGGCGGUGAACAGGCGACCGGAGAGGUGGGCGCAUACAUGAGUAUCCCACAGGUAGGGACCGAGUUAUUUUUCUCGUAGUGGAUCUUCUCUUGACGGUGACUGCUUCUGCUCGGUUUGAAGGCGUUGGUUCCGAUUUGCUUGAAGGCUUUCAGUUUAAUGUUCAUCUUCCACUUUGGUAGGGACGAAGGCUACUUACGGUGGGCGGUUGGUCUCUCUGACUGAUGACCGGUUUAGAUGUGGGACCAGAAUAGUCCGCUGAAUGGAUUUACUCAGGCUCGGGCCGUUCGGGUUUGGGAUCGGAAGAUCGGGCGAUUUCGCUAUCUGAUGAUGCUAGCUCGGUGCUGCAUGUGGUUCAUUUAGUUUUGAACUUCUUGUCUGGCGUUCGGAGUUUCCAGACCUGGGCGAUGGGUUUUUUCCUUCUUCAGGGCGGUCUAUUUGGGUUUGUUUGUGACGACAAGGCUUUGUAGUUGGGACCUCGAGGCUGAUGGUUGGUGACAUGGGUGAGGCCAAGGGCGGCCGUAUUCUGGGCGACCAGGUUCUAGGCGAUAGAUUUCUCAUUCUGGUUGGUCAUGGUUCUGAUCCCGAUCGGUUUGGUUGGGCGAGCUGCUUACUGGUCGGUGGGUCGAUGAGGAUAAGCAGGUUGAUCGUCGGUCAUGGCUAUUUCUUUGAUAAGGUUGCUGAUAGGAAACCCACUGACUUGUGAAGGGUUUAUGGAUGAAGCUUGUCAGGAUCGGUGACGGGUAAGGGAUGACUAGUAAACUGGGAGAAAAGAGGGUUUCGUGCUUUCUUAGAGCUUCCGGUAGAAGAAUGGGAAUCAAAAUUUGUGGUUCCCCACACACGGCGCCAAUGUACUCAUGGUGGUACAUAGAUGUCUCCCGUGAGGGUGAAGUAUGUUGAUAUAGGGGGUGUCCAUAGUGGCAAUGGUAGAGACCAAGCACUAAUAGAGCUUCCCAUGGUGCACAAAGGGGGGUGUGUGUGGAAGUGGCUAAGGUAGCUCUCUAUAGUCACAGCCGUAGAGGCUGAGUGGAGAAGAAGAAGUCCUCCUCUCAAUGUGAGAGGGGGUAUUUAGAGCAAGAGCUCUAGUCAACCUAGCCAGUCUAGCCUUUUCAGGCUAGGCAUGCUGAACCCCUGCCCAGCUGGUGCAUGGGAAGAGGGGGCAUCCUAUGAUGUCUUCUAGAAGUGGGCCUUUAUGCGAUUGGGCCCAUCUGGUGGGCCUAAGUAAAUAGCAUCCGGAACAGAUCCAUCAUAUUUUGAAGAUCCACAUGCUUGGAACAUGAGAUUUGAGGCAGGGUUGGUUUCUUCCUUUCUUAUUUGAAUUAUAGAGUCAUGGUAAGGUCCGGGAGAACACAAGAGACUUCUGAGGAUCAACCCGAUCCUAUCCUGACUGCAUUGGCUGAGAUGCAGGCGGCUAGGUUAGCCGAUCGGGAGGCCACUAGAUUGGCCAACACGACAAUGAUGGACGCUGAUCGCGAGGUGAACCGGAUAGCCGCAGAAGAAGUUUGUGAAGCGAACCGGAGGACCAUUGAGGAUGUCCUCGAGGAGAACAUGAUGGCGAACAUGACGAUGAUGAGAGUCAUGUUGGAGGAGAUGAGGGCUGGUCCUGCUGUAGGCCAGUUACCACCGCCACCACCGCAACCACCGCCGCUGCCUCCACCUAGUGUUCAGGAUGAGAGCUUGAGUCACUUUGGCAGUGCUGCUCAUGUCGCUGAGACGAGAGAGACUCUUGUAGAGCCUGCUGAGGAUCGUGAUGUGAUAGAUCGCCGGCUGAAUGCUUUCAGAAAGCAUAAGCCACCUGUGUUUGAAGGGUCUUUGGAUCCUAUUGCCGCGGCGAGAUGGCUGGGAUCGCUGGACAAGAUAUUUCGGGUCAUGCUGUGUACAGACCCACAGAAGCUGAUGUUGGAACUAUCAAAGCGAAAAGUUCAGGGGAUAGAAAAGGUGAAAAUUGGUGAUCUCGGAUUGGCUGCUAUAGUGGGACGGAGCCAUGCUGCACAUUCAAUUUUAGGGACACCUGAAUAUAUGGCACCCGAGCUGUAUGAGGAAGAUUACACUGAGAUGGUGGACAUAUACUCUUUUGGAAUGUGUUUGCUUGAAAUGGUCACAAUGGAGAUACCCUACUGUGAAUGUGACAGUGUCGCCAAGAUAUACAAAAAGGUCACCAUGGGAAUUAAGCCUCAGUCCUUGAGCAAAGUCUCAGAUCCAGAGGUGAAGGCUUUCAUUGAGAAGUGCAUAGCACAACCAAGGGCAAGACCUUCAGCCACGGAUCUCCUUAAUAGUACUCUUCUUGUUUAG